CAUUUCUAGGCAGCAAGUGUUGAUGUUUUGACUUUAAAAACCCAUGAAUCUUAACCCCAUUAGUCUUAAACAUGCACUUAAUUGCUGUGUACAUGAUAGAAUCCUAAAAAACUGAAGCUAAGCUACAUGUCCUAGGCAAGACGUCAAUGGUCUGUUUGCUAACUAUAGAAAAACAAACUUGGAUAAGCAACUCAUAGAUUUGUACUUUAGUAGGUUAUGUUUCCCUUUUACUAGAGAAAAGAGUUUUGAGAAUGAGGACUAUAGUUUUGUAAAUGUUACACCAUCUUGAAUAAGGUAAGUUUGGUUGCCGGUUUAUCCAAAUCCAAUGCAGAGAAGAGAUGCUAACAUUCUCCUAAACUGUGAUAUAAUAGCAUCUCAGCUUCCACACAGUUGGGGAAUACAUGGCUUUUUUAACAUGAACUUUAACCACACAAAAUAAUUUUAAGUACUGUAACACUACUUAUGCUUCUGGCCUUUGUAGCUAGCUUACUUACGACUAGUAAGCUAGUCAUGCUAAUGUUUGUAGCUUAUACUUACAUUUGUAGCUUAUCCUGCACUCACACAUUGUUGGGAAGAAUAGAAAAACCUCCAGUUAUUCACUUAUUGUUCCAAGAUGGUUACUGGUUGCUGUCACAUAAUUUAAAUAGCCUAAAUUAGCUUUACUUGCUGUGUUAUGUAUUCGGAGCGUCUGUUAUGUAUUUGGGGCAACUUAACAAGUGAAACCAGAGACAAACAAACUCUGUAUAGUUCCUUUUAAAUAUGUUGAUUUGAUUGUUUUAGUGUUCAGAAUUAUUUAUAUGUAACUGCCAGGUGUUAUUCACCCACUAAAUAACACCUUAAAGUGUAAUAUUUUUACCAGAUGUGUCCCUAAGCAUAAGUUAUCAAUGCCUCUGCCAAUGAGCAGAGGAAGAAAAUAACUGAGUCAACAUCCCAUGCGGAUAUGAGGAACAGAGAGCGAGUGGGAGUGAAACAGCAGGAACGUGAGCACUGGAAAAAGAGUAAUCCAUACUUCAAAGAUAUCAAGAGUAAUCUGUAUUUAUGAUUCUGUGGAAAAUCAUGACAUUAUCUCACCCUCUAAAGUUUGCUGUACAUUUCAAGCUGGAGGGGAAACUGUCCUACUUCAGCAGAAAUCUGAGGUCAGCGCAGAAAAUAUUUCACGGCUUGUCAGACCUCUCUGCACAUGCUGGAUGCCAAGAAGAGUCCGCUGGCCCUGCUGGCGCAGACCUGCUCUCAAAUUGGUAAACCAGACCCUCCGUCCUCCUCCAAGCUGGGCUCCUCCUGCAGCCAGGGGGACAAGGAGUCCAGCAGUCGGUCAUCCGUCUCCAGCUUGAAGCUCGGGGAGCACCGCCCCUCCCUGGAGGACAAAUCUAGCUUCAAACCUUACAAUAAAGGCAGCGGAGACUGUCGCAGAGACGGAGUCACCAGCAGCAGCUCCAACGGCAGCAGUGAUAAAGUCGGGUUCAGGGUGCCCAGCAAUAAUAUUACCACUAAUGGAAAUUCAACCAAUGGCCAGCAGUCUUAUCCGCCCCACGCUGCCUCACCCAUCUCCAGAGCUAGCAGCAGCACCCCACCAGGACACACACAGCAGCAGCAGCAGCAGCAGCAGCAGCCUCACAAACAGAGCCAGUCCUCCCCUGGUGGACAGCCCACGUCACACUCCCAGACCCCGAACGGAGAGAGCGUGCACGAGCAGGGCAGUCCCACCAGCACGAGCAGCAGCAAUAACAGCCAUUCCAAAAAAGACACUGAAGUGAGCAAGGUGAACUCGGACAGCCCUCGCCUCGCAAACUCCAGCCACGUUCGAGCCAGCACAAACUGCAGUAACGGCAGCUCUGACGGUGGCUCCAACCACGAGGCAGGUAAAGCAGAGUCUGCCCAGCCGAGCCUCGGCCCUGGACAUAUUACACCCCUCUCUCCUUAUAAGACAAGCCAACCGCUCUUCCCCCUGCCCUCCUCUAAUAUGGGCUACCACGGGUCUGUAGUGGGGGCCUACGCGGGCUACCCGUCUCAGUUUGUUCCUGGGCUGGACCCGACCAAGUCGAGCCUCAGCGUGGGAAGCAUGGGAGUUCCAGGAAAGCACCCGAGCUCCAGCCCUCUCACGGGUGCCUCCCCUCCUUCCUUCAUGCAGGGUUUAUGCAGGGACCCCUACUGUCUCAGCUAUCCGAGUGUAUCCCACCUCGGCGGGAGCAACUGCAACUCCUGCAUCCACGACCCUUCCUCCAACCUCAAAUCAAGCUUCCCGUUGGUGUACCCCUCCCACCCUCUCCACUCCCUCCACCCCAGCUCUCUGUCAUCCAGCGUGUCCUCCUCCCUGUCCCAUCCCCUCUACUCGUACGGCUUCAUGCUCCCGAGCGACCCCCUGCCUCACGCGUGCAACUGGGUCUCGGCCGGGGGGCCGUGCGACAAACGCUUCGCCACUUCAGAUGAGCUCCUGGCUCACCUGCGCACGCAUACGGCCCUGCCUGUAGGAAUGGACAGUAAGCUGCUCUCUGUUUCCUCCUCUGGACCUGCCUCCUGUCACCUUCACCUCCCUCACCAGAGCAGCCCAGGCUCCAUGCCCAGCUCGCUCUCCCUCAGAGCUCCCCACAGCCUGGGUUUAGCUCGCUAUCACCCCUACAGUAAGGUCCAUCUGCCCCCUGGACCCUCCUCCAUCUCCCUGCACUCUCUGCCCACCACAGGCCCAUACUACCCUCAUUACGCUCUCUACAGUCAAAGACUUGGAUCUGCAUCUGCUCUGGGCUACCAGUGAUACAUCAUCUACUUAGAUGUUUAAAGGAAUAGUUUGACAUUUUGGGAAAUAUGCUUUUUUUUUUUGGGUGGAGAGUCAGAUGAGAAGAUUUAAACCACUCUCAUAUAAAUCUGUUAUAUAUAAGGAUCAAGCAAGAAGCUGGUUAGCUUAGCUUAGCAUGAAGACUUGAAUCAGAGGGGAACAGCUAGCCUGGUUCUAUGAAGGUAGCAAAAUUUGCCUACAAGCAUCUCUAAAGCUUGCAAAUUAACACAUCUUGUUGGUUUAAUCCACGCAAAAAAAAGCGUAAAAAUGACAAUAAGCCAUUUUGUGGGGGACUAGUUGCUAGGCAACCUGUGGCAACUGCCAGCCAAGAUAUAAUGCAGCACAUUACCCCUCAGAAAACGGUGGAUAAGCCUAUUGUCGUUGUGUUUGUUCGGAUUGAACAAAUGAAAGAGGAGAAGGUAGGCCGAUUCUGUUACCACUGGGCAGAGCAAGGCUAGCUGUUUCCCUCUGUUUCAAUUCUUUAUGCUAAGCUAAGCUAACCAUCUUCUGGCUGUAGACGUAUAACAGACAUGAGAUAGGUAUUAAUCUUCUCAUCUCAUUUUCAGCUAGAAAGUGACAAAGUAUAUUCCCCAAAAUGUCAAACUACACCUUUAAGUUAGUACUUAAUUACAGCAAGUUGCUGCUUUUUCUGACUUAAGACUGGAUUCAAGUGGAACUAGGAUGGUAGCGCGAGUCCUGGAUUUUGCCUUGAAAGCGUCUUCACACUUGCUUUAACACAUUAUAAACGAGAUUCAGUGUUCCUCUUCAGACUGAGGACCACCGCUAGAGAUCAGAGGACACACGUGUGGCUCUUGCAUGUCUGCACACAGCUCGGAUACUUCCGCAACAGACGCCCUCAGAUGACUUUUUUGUCACCCCAUGGGUUCGGCAAAUCGACGGUCGGGAACGCAGCGUAACAGCAGCUCUCGGUCGUUCACAGGGUUCUCGCUGCGAAUGACGAUGAUGAUGAUUUAGUGCAGGAAAACGUAGUGUGGCAGGGAAGGCAAUAAGCUGAAGUCGUGGGCUGAUGUAAGUCUGGCCACUGUCGCUUUCUCCCCGCAAGAGAUGCAUGUAAGCUCGACACAGCAUACACACUUACAGUUUAUACAGCCCCAUGGUUUGUGAUGAUUUGUUUUGGUUCUUUAUGCUUUGUUUAUUCCUACUGAGAAGAUGUAUUUAUUUUAUACUGGGAAUCUGGCUUUCAUGUUUACCAUAUAAAUCUAUUCUCAUUUUACAGUCCUCUGAGCAGACAUGUGGAAAGCCAGAUGACAGAUGUUGAAUAUGUUGAAUGUUGAAAUCACAUCUCUCUCUCUCUCUCUCUCUCUUUCUUCCUCUCUCUCUCUGAACUCCUCAGCGUUUUGAUCUCUUUUUUUUUUAAAUUUCACAGCAAAUCAAUAAAAAUGAGAUGUGAUAUUUUUUGUAAAAUUGGAACACCAUGUUCCAGUGAAAGGGGAGGUCAUAUUUUGUUAAAUAAAUCAAAGUGAAGAUGUA